AUGACCGACAUCGCGCAACUCCCCAUUGACAAGCCUUCCUUCAGGAUCCCUCAGCACAAUGAAAUCCCAAAUGAGGAUGACAUGGGGUUGAAUGGCCUAGACAACAUUUUGUAUGUCAAUAUGGAGGGGCCUGGCCUCGGUGAAAGGUUCAGACAGCGCAUGGGAGAGAUCGAGCAAAUGCUCGCUUUGACUCAUCAGUUGGCUACAAUUCACGCUGGUAUCCAGGUGAGGAGGAGAAAAGAAGAAGGUCAGCUGCCGACCGAUGAUAGCGAUGACUCCAGAUGGAGGCGCGCCACCUACCGCGCCAGGGUCAUGGAGGUCUAUUUUAACGAUGGCGUUUAUCCAUGGAUCUUCAGUCCUUCGUUCAACCCUGUUCAGAGGGAGAUCGACGCUGACAGGAGCAGAUUCCACUGGGAACUGCUCGCCGCUAUGCUUGCUGGGAUUGUACUUCCCCGGCCGCUGGCGGCUUCGAGCGAAGCCAUCUUGGGCGCAAUUUCGCAAAGCAUUCAGAAGACAAACUUCACCAGCGAGAGAAGGGCAUUCUGGAGCCUCCUUCAAGUAUACACGUACGACGAGGUGCGCGAUGACCUUCGGGUGUUUCCUUCUUCCCAGUUUCAUCGCUUCCCCAUCUAUAUCAUUACUGAAAACAUCGACACGAUGGCAUUAAUUUCCCCGCUCGAAAUACAGGAGCCGCCCGGGCACCCGCGGCAGCCCAUCCGCAACCACCUCCUCCUCGCCGUUGGCCUCGCCAUGUCCGUCCUCUACUUCUGGGGUCCCUUCGCCGUCAUGGCCCUCGAGGGCACCCUUCCGCCCCGCGAGCUCGUCAGCCUCGUCACCGCCGUCAUCUCGCUCGUCUUCUUCCUCCAGGUCUUUCUGCUCUACCGACUCGUCUCCGAGACUCGCGCCUGUCCGGCCGUCACCGAUCCCGUCGACGCCUUCUUCCACGAGACACGCGCCGGCAGCGUCGUCUUGCUGUGCCUCUGCGUGCCCUGGUGCGUCAUGGCGGCAUUUGGCCUCGUCCUGUCCGUCCCUGCGGCGGCAGAGUCGCUCUUUCGGCAUCGUGACCGCGAAAACAUCGGCCGUUUGCUGGGACUCGUCUUUUCCUUCAUCAUGGCGACAACACCGCUGGCACUCGCCACCGGCCUCUGGUGGGCGUCACGCACAGCCGGGAGAGCCUUGUGUCGUGCUCUCAUGGCCGAUGCGGGCCGUGGCCAGUACCAGGGCGUACCGCUCGGACUGGACGAGCAACGAUCGGACGAGCAGCGGUUUCAGACAGGCAGGCGAGCCGAUGGUGACUCAACAGGCAAGGUGACGACCAUUUUUGGCGUCCUUCCAGCCCCUUCCUGGUCGUCGUGGUAG